AUGUUCAAACUCGACCAUACGUCUUUGUGCCGGCUAGCCACGAUUGUCCUACUCACUUGUAGGGGAAUCACCGUCCUGGCGGCUCCACACGAAUCCCCCUCUGGAACCAGUCUGGGCCCAGUCAAUCGAGAGGUCUCUGCACGGCUGCCCCAGCUGGUGGACUGCGCCGCCAAAGCACUCGGACAGGACUACAGUCGACUGAUUUGGAGAUCGAAUCAGACCUACACUGACGAUAGGACAGGGGAAACGAUCCAAGACACGCAGCUUCCUGCGCUUCUCUCACAUCCGACCAAUGUCGACGAGGUGAAAGCGUUGGUCACUUGUGCGAGCCGACUUGGCUACAAAGCUACUCCCCGUAACGGCGGACACCAUUUUCUGGGCUAUUCGGCCCUCAAUAAUUCACUCGUCAUUGAUAUCGCUCAGAUCGACUACGUGCAAGUAGCAGAGGAUGCAAAGACCGCGGUCGUCGGGGGAGGUAUCCGUCUAGGUCCGCUGUACCUCAAGCUCAACCAGCAUCAAGUGACCUGGCCCGGCGGAAUUUGUCCCACAGUGGGUCUUUCAGGGUAUCUCGGUUCUGGUGGAUUCAACAUGCAGAUGCGUCAGCUCGGUUUGGGCGCGGACUACGUGAUCGCGGCCAAGGUUGUCACUGCUGAAGGAGUUAUCGUCACUGCUUCGCCGAGCACCAACCCUGACCUCUUUUACGCGAUCCGAGGUGGUGGCGGAGGUUCUUAUGGUGUUGUGAUGGAAUGGACUCUGAAGACAGUCAAAUUCCCUCGCUCAGCGAUGCUCUACCUCAACUGGCCCAAUGCAACGCAAGAAACACGCGUUUCGAUCGCGCGUCGUUUUCUUGAUUGGGCUCCCUAUACCGAUCCUGCGCUCACUUCUCAGAUCAACGUUUACAAGGACUCGGUCAGCGUGGUCGGGUGGUACUACGGCAAAACCGCCCAGGAUCUGGAGAAGCUUGUUGCCAGCUCACCAUUGCUGAAGCACUCAAUCCAGCCAGCGCAAACAGUCGUUUCGGGAGGCUGCGGCACCAACAAUGCCCGAAUUUUUGGGUACACCGCGUUCGAAUGCCUGCCAGAUGACCAGGUCGAUCCUUCGAUCCUCAACGCAAAGCAGCACCCCUUUUCUGCUAUUCCGCUCCCCAAACCACAAACCGGGACCUAUCCGCAGCCGCAGUUCAACGAUUCUGUUGCUGAUCCGUCCAUCAAGCCUGCAAUUGCCUGGGAACGAUUUCACCGCCUUUCGAAAUCGUUUUUCAUGCUCAAGUCGAAGCCUCUUUCCACACCCACUCUCGUACGUGUGGUAAAAGCUAUAGAGGAGCAAGACGAUGAAUCGCAGGUCUGGGGAGAAUGGCAUGCUUGGAAUGUGGCCAAAGGACCUGCGCCGAACAACGCUUUCGCUUGGAGAGAUCAGGCAGCUGCACACCUCGAAUUCCAAAUUCACGGAUCAACGGAUGCUAGCAAGCAAGCUCAAUACAAAGCCUUCUUCAAAGGGCUAGAGGAUACACUCCGAGGUGCCACUGGUGGAGCCUCGUACGGUGGCUACGCAGACGCAGGAAUGAAAGCAGAUCCGAUCCAAGCCUACUACGGUAACAACAAGUGUACACUGUCCCGAACAAAGGCCAAGUACGAUCCAAACGAGCUGUUCACUAAUCCCUUGUCCAUCACCCCCAACCUAAAGGGCUGCUAA